CGCCCUGAGUUUCACUUCUGCCUCUCACAACCUGUCAGGUCCUCCUGCCUGGAGACUCAUGACGCGGCCCCAGUUCUCACUCCCAUUGCGUGUCCAGUUUCUAGAGAAGCCAAUCAGCGUCUCCUCGGUUCCCGGUUAUAAAGUCUCCACCACCGUCCGGAACUCAGAUUCUCCCCAGACCGCGAGGAUGAGGGUGAUGAUGCCUCCAACCUUCCUCCUGCUGCUCUCGGGGGCCCUGACCCUCGCCGAGACCUGGGCGGGUGAGUGCGGGGUCGGGAAGAAACGGCCUCUGCGGGGGGCGGGUGAGGGGACCGCGCGGCGGGGGCGCAGGACCCCCGGGGAAGGCGCGUCUCCGCGGACACCCGCCCAGACACCCCACCUCAUCCCUCCUUGUCCUGACCCCCACCUUCUCCCGCCCCCUCCUGUCACCCACUUGGGUCUCCCGCCGCCCCUUUUCCGUCUCACGACCCCCUCGCCCCCUCCUCCCUCCCGGCGCCAUCACCCUCGGACCCGGGACCCGCGCCGGGAGGAGGCUUCCUUCUCAGAAGCCCCAAAAAGACACGUGACCCAUCACCCCAUCUCUGACCGUGAGGUCACCCUGAGGUGCUGGGCCCUGGGCUUCUACCCUGCGGAGAUCGCCCUCACCUGGCAGCGUGACGGGGAGGACCUGACGCAGGACACAGAGCUUGUGGAGACCAGGCCUGCAGGGGACGGGACCUUCCAGAAGUGGGCGGCUGUGGUGGUGCCUUCUGGAGAGGAGCAGAGAUACACGUGCCAUGUGCAGCACGAGGGGCUGUCUGAGCCCGUCACCCUGAGAUGGGAGCCACCUUCUCAGUCCAUCAUCCCUAUUGUGGGCAUCAUUGCUGGCCUGGUUGUCUUUGUGGUCACUGUAGCUGUGGUGGCUGGAGCUGUGAUGUGGAGGAAGAAGUGCUCAGGUGAAAAAAGAGGGGGCUACAUUCAGGCUGCAGGUAAUGACAGUGCACAGGGCUCUGAUGUGUCUCUCACAGACAGUGUGAGACAGCUGCCUUGUGGGGAACUGAGUGAUGCAAGAUUUGUUCACGCUCCCACUUUGUGACUUUGAGAUCCCCUGACUUCUCUUUUUACAACUGGCAUCUGAAUGUGUCUGCGUUCCUAUUAGCAUAAUGUGAGGAGGAGGGGAGAUUGGCCCACCGCCUGCCCACCAUGACCCCUCUGCACAAUGACCUGUGUUCUUCCCCUGAUUGACUUUCCUGUUCUAGCAGAGGCCAGGCUGGGCCAUCUCCAUCCUUGUCUUAACUUCAUGUUGCACUGAGUAGUAAUGAUAUGCUUCCUUAUUGAAAAUAAGAAUCUGGAUAUGAAUUUUUUUUU